AUGGACUUGAAGACUCAGCAGCGGAUUGCUAUCUACCGUGGGGCUGACCUACCCAGCCAAUACACAUGGAGUCCAUUCGUCUCGAAACUGGAGCUUCGUUGUCGUUUAUCGGGCCUCAAAUACAUAUGUGAAAUUGGUUUUCCGCCCUCUGGACCGAAAGGAAAGAUACCAUAUGUCGAAGUUACAUUGCCCGCACCGUCCUCAGUAUGGCUUGCAGAUUCGACCUUGAUAGCAAAGAACUUCGUCGACCAAGGCUUGCUACGUGACCUCAAUUCCGGCCUGAAUGCGAGAGACAAGGGAUACGAUCUCGCAGUUCGAGCGCUGAUGGAAGACAAGCUCGCUUUUUACGACACACACGAGCGUUGGGUCAAGAACUACUACGUUAUGCGGGAUCAUGCUAUGAGUAAGCUUCCGUACCCUGCGCGUAUAAUUGCUGGUAUUCUGGCGUAUCGAGGGAUCGUCCAGCGACUUCACGAACAAGGAACAGGCCGCCUCAGCGACGAGGAGAUAUCUACUUUUACCAGAGAGGUCUGGGAAGCUAUCGAUGGAUUACUGUGCACGAGUUUGGAGAAGGCAAGCAACGAAGAGUGCUUUUGGGUGCUUGGUGGCAAAGAGCCGACAGAAGCUGACACUUCAGUGUUUGGCUUCGUCGUGGCCAACCUUGUGAGCGAAUCCGCACCAUGGAGUAGGGAGCUGUUGAGCGAAGCAUUCCCUGUGGUGGUUGAGUACGCCCGGAGAAUUCAUCAAAAGUACUUUCCAGAGUAUCAGAUAUGGAGUUGA